AUGCGUCACUCGUUUGCUCCUCUCAUCUUUGCGGCCGCGGCAUUCGCCCUUCCUCAAGCCAGUCUCGACGGCCUCACUGCCUGUGCGCAGACUGCCGUCCUCGGUGCACUCGCUGGUACCGGCUGCGGACUCACAGAUGUCAAAUGCAUCUGCGCAGCCUCGGGCUUUCAAGCGGCUGCUCAAGCGGCAAUCACUACCGCUUGUGGUGCUGGUGAUGCUGAAGCGACCACAGCCUGGGCCACCUCCUACUGUGCUGGUGCCGGCUCCCCGCUCCCCAGCGAUAGCACUAUCUCGGGUGACAUUGCUGACCCGACUAUGAUCUCCUCCACCCCCACAGAUACGUAUGCCGGCCAAGUCACCAGCACCACGGACGUUCCCGCCGAUGCCACCACUGCUUGGGUCAAUGGCACAUGCACCAAGUGCGCGCACAGCAACGACACUGCGCCCUUGGCGACCCCUUCAAUGCCUCAGGAGCCCAGCCCGAGCAACACGGGUAGUUCGGGUCCGUCGUACACGGGUGCGGCGAGCAAAUUCGGCGGUGUUGCUGGCAUGAUUGGUGCCGUGGCCGCGGCUGCUGUCUUUGCUCUAUAG